CCGGGGUCACCCUAACUUCCUCCCGUAGUCCCCUUCUCUAGCUUCCUCUCGAAGACGAUGGCGCCGCCGCUAGCCAGGGCGGCGCCGGCGGAGGAUCUCGCGGAGGUCUUGGAGGUGCGCUGCGUGGGGUGCAGGGAGACGCUGGAGGUGGAGCGAGGUCUGACGGAGUUCGUCUGCCCUGACUGCGCCACGCCGCAGUCGCUCCCGCCGGAGCUCAUGCCGCCGCCGCCUCCGCGGAGGAGGGCGCUUCCCCUUCCGCGCAGCGUAGCAGACGCGCGCGGGGCUAGGCUUCCCUGCGGCGCCUGCGGCGAGCUCCUGAGCGUCCCGGUCGGGCUGUCGCGCUGCGCCUGCCCGUUCUGCGGCGCCGAGCUGGCCGUCGACUCCGCUCGUAUCCGAAAUUACAUCCUGUACUCCGCCGAGGCGGCUGCCAUGCCGCUCCCCGCCGUAGUUGCCCCAUCAAUUGGUGCUUGGGAGGCACAUCAAGGACGUCCUAGCUUGUCAGUUCGUGCAGGAGCACCCCGAGCAGAGCUUCAUGACAGGCUAAUUCCUCUGGGGCGGACACGAACAGAACGUUCAGAUCGUCUUAAGCAUGUGCAUCAGGACGGACACGAUUAUCCUGAUCAUAUGAUAGAUGGAGAAGAGAUGCAUGUGGUUGAUGAGGCUACUGCAAAUAAUAGCCUACAGAGAAAUCGAUUUCCACUUGACCGUGGCAUUGCAUGCAGCGAGAAUAGACAGACGUUAUCUCUAAAUGCGGUCAGGCAUCAGGUAAACGAUCAACAUUCUAGUUACACUACUCAGCCAAAGCGAUCGCAGCUGGCACGCCUUCAUAGAGUCGUUCAUUCAGAGGAGAUGCAGGAAGGGCCUCUCAGCCAUGAAGUUUAUAGAGAAGCAAGACAUACUGAACUGAUAUAUCAGACUGCUGCAACUCAUAGAAAUCAAAUAGUUGGAUGCUCUGUUGGCCCACAAACUUUAAGUGCAGGGAAGCGGCAUAUCAAGACUCCUAAUCAUAUCAUGCAGCAGCCACACAAACACCCUUAUCAUGACAGUCAUGCGGAGGGCACUCAUGUAGGGUGUCUGGAUGGGGUGAUUUAUGCGCACGAUGUGCAACCAGAUCCUGUCAACCAAGCAAAUCAUAGAGAAGAGACAUCCACUCAGAUGAUCGAUAAAACAAUUGUAGGGAAAAACAUUUGGUCAGCAGGAUGCUCAGUUGGACCCAGCUCUGGCAGUGCAAAGAGAAAGGCAUCGACUGCGAACAAGGUCACACGACAUAAGCAAAAGCAACAGUCUGAUGCGAAUCAUGCAGAACACACACAUAAUGAGCAUCCAGAUCAGGAAAUUUGUGAGCCUAUGAGUAAUACGAAUCAUAAAGAAGCCAUGUGCUCUCUUCCUUCAAAGGAGACUACUGCAAGGCGUAGCAAGCAGAAAAAUUCACCAUUACUUAAUGCUAAGACUAUUGCCAAGAAGAGACACAUAGAACCAGUGAACCACAUUAUACAGCAGGCAGAGGGACAUACCUCUGAUAUUGACAGUCAUGAAAUGCAGGCCGAUUGUGAGCAUCAAAGCAAGGGUAUUGGAAGGCAUGACAAACACAAAACUAGAAGUGAGCUUUACUCUACUUUGACUCCUAAGGUGGGGGAACACCUUGUGUCUCCAAAUAAGCUAAAUGAUGUAAAACAGAAACAUGUGCGCACCAAUGAUGAGAUUCAGGAGAAGCAUACUGAAGUCGAGGUUUGCAAACAGGCUAGUGGAGGGACUCAGAAGACAAAUAGAAAGGGCUCAAUGGCUAAUUCAAUUGUGGGGCUCCAGCUUAGGCGUAGUAGCCGUUUGGCCAAAGAUUCAAUUGCUGCUGUCCAAAAUGAACAUGUAGAGAGUGACUCUGUCAAUCCACGGGUAUUUUCUCCUGCUGUCCAGAUGCCAGCAGUUUCUAUGGAUAGUGAACCAAUAGAAAGGGAGCCUGUUCAACAGUCAUAUGCCUCUCCAAGUCGUGAAGUGCUGGUUGCAGUGACAGACCCUGAAUCUGAAGAAAGCGAGCACGAUGAGCAAUAUGAUGUAUCUCCAGAUCAAAGCAUGUCUGAGUCAGACCCUCCAGACAUUGAUAGAAUCAUUGCUGAUCUUAACCCUAGCACAUCCCCCGUGCGUGAGAUGCCUCAAGAAAUGUCCAAUGAACGAGAUGACCUGACCACAACUCCUUCAAAUGAUGAUAUGUCUGACCCUGAGCCAGAUGACCUGACCACAACUCCUUCAAAUACUGAUAUGUCUGACCCUGAGCAUUUCGCGCGACGAUAUUGUUUGUUAUUACUUCAAGAGGCCAGAAGGGCCUUUGCAAAGGGGAAACCUAAUGUCUUUCUUCACCGUCUGAUGUCUGAGGGUUCCAAUGACGUACCGCUGCAUGAUCUAACUGAUUCUGGAGAGCAGCAACAAGGUCUCGAGGGGAAUCAAGCAGGAGGUCGUGGUCCUACUCGUUGUGCCAAAGUGUGGAUCUUGCCUGAGGGUGUACGUUUACCAGUCUCCUUGAACAAUUCGGGUCUGCCUAUUGGAAAAAAUGCAGCCAUGUUUAUUACCUUUUUGGGCACACUAGCACGAGAUGGAAUGUUGGCACCUCUCACGUAUCAAAGCUGGAAAAGUAUUCCGAAGGAGAACAAGAAUGUAUUGUGGCACAUUGUGAAGCUUAAAUUUGAUGUUGAUCCACCUUGUGAGUUAUCGGUCCUCAAAUGCAUAAGAAAAACGUGGAGGUGCUGGAAAUCUCACCUAAAACGGAAACACUAUGAUUCUCAUACAACAGAAGAGGAACGUCUUGCUGAUCGAGAUCCUCGUGUCCUAAAAGAACAGUGGCGACAACUUGUUGCAUACUGGAAUACCGAAAAGGCAAAGGUUAGAAGUGCUAAAUCUAAAGCUUCUCGAGCCAAAUCAACCUAUAUCAAUAGUACAGGAUCAAAGAGCUUUGCACGGAUGUUUCAGGAAGAGUCACCAUCUCAUGAGAAUCGAGCAGGUUCAGGAAGCGACAGUGCCUCUGCCAUGGGUGCAAAGGGAAAGGGUAUUACAGACAGUUAUAAACCUCUGGCCUCCCCCAAAGACCUGCAGGGAAGGUUAACCAGGCAAGCUGAGAGGGCUAAAAAAAAGGUUGCAGAUGAGGGCUCUACACUGAGGAAAGAAGUGGUAGUGAUGGAGAAAAGUCACCCCAAAGACUCCCAGGAAAGGGCAGUCUGGGAAGCUGUAAGGGCUAAAAGACGGGCUGAAGAUGAGGCAGUCGCUCUGAGGAAGAAGGUGGUUGUGAUGGAGGAAACUCAGAAAAAGCUGCAGGAGGACUUAGCAAAGAUGACGGAUACAGUGAACGCCAUGCAGAAAAUGAUGUCAACUGGUGGCUUACCAAAUGGAUUAAUGGGUGGACCAACAGUACCUCCAAGUUUCCAACAGGAUCGAAAUGCGGCAAGCUCUCAUGAUGUUUUCCCACCUUACAUUGAUUACUCUGGGCCUACUCGAUCUUUCCUCCCCUAGUUAACACUCGGCUGUGACCGGGUCAGCUAAUGCUGGGGGGACGGGUACAUAGCGGCAGUUUCGUUCACCUUUUAGCUCUUGGAUCAUGCAAUUUGUAUCCAUGGUUUUUAGACUGCGGUUUCUUUCGGGUAGAAGUGAUCACAAUCGUCCAAAUUUUCUGUCACCUUUUCAUUGUUUCUGUUUAUGUUGAUAUGCAUGACCUGGAACUUUAGCAUGUUCCAGAGAUGCAUGCUUUGAUUGUGUGACAGCACGGUGCUGCCAGAGUGUGCGAGUGGUCGUAUUAUCCACAUCAUGAUCAUGGUAUGUUUUACUUGUGCGUACAGUCAGCUGUUCAAGGAACGCCUGCAACAACACUCGCAGUUUUUUUCC